UUUCAAUCAGAAUUUCAUAAAUUUCGACAGAUCUAGAUAAAAUAAUUUUCUCAUUGUCAAAGACCAGUCAAAUAGGUAACAUAUGGAGGCAUUUUUAUGUACUCAUACUUCUAUUAUAGUAUCUACUCUAUACUUUUAUCGAGGCAUUAGUGCAUUACAAAUAAAGCAGGGAAAAAAAACAAAAGCCGUUAAAAAAGAAAUAGAGCAAACAUUAAAAACUCUUUUGCCUAAAACAAAUAUUCAGCCAUUAAAAAGCCAAGGGGACUAUGAAUGCCCAAUUGCCAAAUGUGAACUCGAAGUUGGUUCGUGAGGGAAAAUGACUUUUCCGCCUCUAUCCUUGAAAAUGAGCAUUCACUCUUCAGAUUCUGCUUGCCCUUGAGAUAUAGGAUUUGGAUUGUAUCUUCGUUGCAGGAUUUCAAAAGACAUUAUAACAUCUUUUUUCUUGUUUCAAUUUUUGUUUUAUAUAGUAAAACUACCUGCUAUGGAGGUGAAAGACAGAAUCAGUGGACUUCCUCUGGACAUACUUGCCCACAUUUUGGGAUUAUUGCGGAUUGAAGAAGCUGCUAAAUCUGCCAUUUUGUGUACGAGUUUGAGAGAUGCUUGGUUAAGUCUUACCCACCUCAACUUUGAUAGUCAUUUCUUCAAAUACAUUCUGGACCGUUAUAUAGCAGAGUCAAGUCAAUUACUAAAGUCUGUAAUCAACACAAUCAUCAUUAAACGCAACGGCCCUAUUCGAAAAUUUGUGUUUGAUAUUAACUUCCCAAGACGACGUAAAGAUAAGUCUAGGUGGUUGGCCUUUGAUGAAUGGUUAUAUUGUCUAACCCAGAAUGGUGUUGAAGAAAUGCACCUCUCUUUUGGCCUACAUACGGCAUACAUUUUGCCAGAUUGCAUAUUUUCUUGCCCGACAUUAAAGACGUUGCAUCUUUCGGGAGUCUGUUUUGAACAAGUUAGCACCCCUUGCAUAUUCCCAAAUGUUACUUCACUUUUCUUAGAAAACAUCCGGUUUGAUCACAGAAAAUGUUCUGCUGCUGAACUUCCUAUGCUCAGGAAUCUAACUUGUGAAAGCAUUUCUGGUUUUAACUUUACUGCCCCAAAGCUUAGAAGUUUGAGAUUUCGUGCUCCUAAGUAUGACAUUGCUGGAAGAAACCCGUUUCUCAUUCUUCCAGUUAAGUUAGACUUGAGAACUGUACACUCUCUUCAUCUUGAAACAAUUGACCUUGAGAGGUUUGUUAGAGAGUUAUCUUGGGUGGGACAAGAACAAACCACACUCAAUGUGGAACACCUGCAGCUACGCUUGUAUGACGAGUAUUCAGAUAACAUAUCGAUGUGCUUUCACUUGUUGCAGAUGUGCCCAAUGUUGAUCAAACUUGAGAUACAUUUAACAUUCGGGGCAGGGUUUGCAAGUGCAGAAGAACUAUUGGAGCUCCCUGAGCAUACUUUGGCCCAAACAUUCGAUACAAUUCGGGAUUUAAGUAUUGUUUGCUGGUUUCAAGGGACAAUUCCUGAAAUGAUAUUCUUCAAAUGGCUACUUCGCCGCUUUCCGGCACUUCAGAAGGUUUUAUUUUUUCCAAAUUAUAUGUAUUCGGGACAGAACCUAUCUCAAGAUAUGGAGACACUUUUGUGCUUUCUCCAUGCAGAUAGAGAAGUAGAAGUUUCUUAUUGCAUUUUCAAUGAAGC